GGCUGUCCCUGUAGCGGCGGGCCGGGGCGGAGGCGGCCCCAGCGCGGCGGGAGGCCGUUCCCUCCCUGCCCGCCUGCUUCCCGCAGCCACUCUGGGCUGAGAGGCGGCACUCGAGGGCUCCGAGCGGCGCCGGCGGAGCGGAGCCGCCGCCAGCAGCCGGGCGGGCAGCGAGGCACAUGGCAUGUCUGAUGGCGGCUUUUUCCUUGGGCACCGCUUUGAACGGCAGCAAUUCUGCUUGCACCAUGGCCGAGCCAAAGUCAGUGUGUGUCUCAGUGGAUGAGGUGGUCUCAAAUGGGACAGAUAACCAAGACAUUCGACUGAUGAAUGGACACUUAAGGAAAGUGGACAAUACUCUGACAGAGGCUCAUCGUUUCUCGUACCUGCCUCGCAGACCAGCUGUGAAUAUUGAGUUUAAAGAACUGUCAUACUCUAUCCAAGAGGGGCCAUGGUGGCGGAAAAAAGGUUACAAGACCCUUUUGAAAGGAAUUUCAGGGAAGUUCAGCAGUGGAGAACUUGUUGCAAUUAUGGGUCCUUCAGGAGCUGGGAAGUCAACGCUCAUGAACAUUCUGGCAGGUUACAGAGAGACAGGCAUGAAGGGAGAGAUUCUCAUCAACGGACAGCCUCGUGACCUGCGCUCCUUUCGCAAAGUCUCCUGCUACAUCAUGCAAGAUGACAUGCUCCUUCCUCAUCUAACUGUCCAGGAAGCUAUGAUGGUAUCUGCACAUCUGAAACUUCAAGAGAAAGAUGAAGGAAGGAGAGAAAUGGUCAAGGAAAUACUGACAGCCCUCGGUUUGCUGACCUGUGCCAAUACGAGGACUGGGAGUCUUUCUGGAGGCCAGAGAAAGCGUCUUGCCAUUGCUUUGGAGCUGGUGAACAAUCCUCCUGUCAUGUUUUUUGAUGAACCAACCAGUGGCUUGGAUAGUGCAUCGUGUUUUCAGGUUGUCUCUCUGAUGAAGGCUUUAGCCCAGGGUGGCAGGUCCAUCAUCUGCACAAUUCACCAGCCCAGUGCUAAACUGUUCGAGUUGUUUGAUCAGCUCUACGUUUUAAGUCAAGGUCAAUGCAUUUACCGUGGGAAGGUAUUAAACCUCGUCCCUUACUUGAGAGAAUUGGGUUUGAAUUGCCCAACCUACCACAAUCCAGCAGAUUUUGUUAUGGAAGUGGCAUCUGGUGAAUAUGGAGACCAGAACGGCCGUCUGGUGAGGGCAGUACGGGAGAGGAUAUGUGACACUGACUACAAGAGAGAUGUUGGCGGUGAGCACGAGUUGAAUCCCUUCCUCUGGCACCGGCCUUCUGAAGAGGAUUCUUCCUCUACAGAAGGCUGCCACAGCUUCUCUGCCAGCUGCCUAACCCAGUUCUGUAUCCUCUUCAAAAGAACUUUUCUCACCAUCUUGAGAGAUUCGGUCCUGACACACUUACGUAUCACCUCACACAUUGGCGUUGGGCUGCUCAUUGGCUUGCUCUACUUAGGCAUUGGCAAUGAAGCUAAGAAAGUCCUCAGCAACUCUGGGUUCCUCUUUUUUUCCAUGCUGUUUCUUAUGUUCGCUGCACUCAUGCCAACUGUCCUUACGUUUCCUCUUGAGAUGGGAGUGUUUCUUAGAGAACAUCUGAACUACUGGUACAGCCUGAAAGCCUACUAUCUCGCCAAAACCAUGGCUGAUGUUCCUUUUCAGAUCAUGUUUCCAGUGGCUUACUGCAGUAUUGUGUACUGGAUGACUUCUCAACCAUCUGAUGCACUCCGGUUUGUCCUAUUUGCAGCCUUGGGAACCAUGACAUCCCUGGUGGCUCAGUCACUGGGUCUUCUCAUAGGUGCAGCCUCUACAUCCCUCCAGGUGGCCACUUUUGUGGGCCCAGUUACUGCCAUCCCGGUGCUUCUGUUCUCUGGGUUUUUUGUCAGCUUUGAUACCAUCCCAACAUACCUCCAGUGGAUGUCCUACAUUUCCUAUGUCAGAUACGGGUUUGAAGGCGUUAUUCUCUCCAUCUAUGGACUGGAUCGAGAAGAUCUGCAUUGUGACAAAGAUGACACUUGCCACUUUCAAAAAUCAGAGGCCAUUCUGAGAGAACUGGAUGUAGAAAAUGCCAAACUUUACCUGGACUUCAUCGUUCUUGGAAUUUUCUUCUUCUCUCUGCGCCUAAUUGCCUAUUUUGUUCUCAGAUACAAAAUCCGAGCAGAGAGGUAAAGGAAAACCAGCUAAAACAAUGCAGUAGGAAGAUCUUUAGACAUGCAAUAGAGGGCACUUGACAUUGUCUCACCGUGGCAGACCAGUCUCCAGUGCCCAGCUAGAUGCUGUUAUGACCUAGCCCAUAGAGAACCACAAUGGGGUAGUGGACAUAUAGUGUUAAGCCAAUCAGUCCAGUUGGGUUGGGUCAUGUUUUCAUUGCACUUUCUAGCUUUAACUAGGAAGAAGAAAUAGAAGGGAAUUUUACACCACAGAAUAUCAAUACUGAGGCAGCAUAACUGUAAUGAAAAAAAUCUGGCUGCAGGAACUUCCUUUAUGAAAACCACUUUCAUGAUAAGGUCACCAGGAUACAAAGUCCUAGUAGCCAGAAUAGUAUAAUGUUGGCAAGAUAAUGAGAAGCAAAACAGGGAAUGCAAAGAAAAUAGGAUUCUCUCAUGUUUAUAAAUCCAGAGUUUCAUCUUUGCAGUUUUCUAUGUAUUAUUUUGCAAUUCUCUUCCACAGAAUUACCCUCUCUGGCCAAAAGUCUGUAAAUGUAUUACUUAACAAGGUAAAGAUAUCUUUUUAAUAUGGAUACUUUUUUAAAACGAAGUGAUUCAAGUCAUGAUUUUUGUUUCUGUCUAAAUUUGGAAUUCUGGUGCUUUACUUGUUGAGCUGGUCUCAUAUCUGAAAACUGUAAUGGUACAAGGAAAAGUCAGAUUCUGAGUCUGCACUAAACCUUUGAUCCACAUUUGAAAGCAUCGGUAGAUAGUACAGGCACUUAGACAAGUUCAAGCUGUUGCUGAAUGAUUGAAAAAAAACUUUCUGCAGUGUCUUUUAAAUCCUCAAUAUUUGUGAUAUUUAAAACACUGAACUCUGCUCAUUAUGUCUUUGAUCUACCUCCUGUGAAUUCAAAAAUCAAAGCACUCCAAGGCUUGUUUUUUAUUGAAUUGUGAAAGCAGAAUCUAUCCCUAUCACCUGAGCAAUUCUUAAAGCCUGGGGGGAAGGCAAGAGCUAGCCACAGCUCCUUGAGAUGUUGUGUUAGCACACUUGGCAACUGCCUCAUAUGGAAAUGUGCAUUGUAUCUGCAACAUGCUUGGGACAUUGUGUUAGCACACUUGCAGCUGCCUCAUAUGGCAAUGUUCAUUGUAUCUGCAACAUGCUAGUUGUAGAACUCUUCUCAGAACAUACAAAUGGCUUUGUAAUACUGCAGGUCUAUUUAUACCAAGCAGUUUUGUUCUCAUCCCAAUGUCUGUAUGUGUGACCUGGGAAUUAAUAGUGAAUCAAUCCAAACACCAAUCAAACCCUUAAGGGAAGAAUGCAUUUGUUUUGCAUAUCUCAUCUUUGUAAACUUGGCAGGGGGGAUUCUUGUUCCAAGUUGAUGUGAAUUUUGUCACUCCUUUCCAUGUGUUUUGUUUUUCAACUCAAAACUCUUGUGAACUUCUGUACAAAUUCCACUACUGUCUGCCAUUCCUGUGUGUUUACCUCUGUGCCACAGACAUUUGAGUCAGACCUGCAAAUACUGUACAUGCAUCAUUCCUUUUAGGAUGCUGAAGUCUUGUAGAUUGGAAGUGGCAAAAUGUCAGCAAACCAUUCAGGAGCUUGUGACAGUAGAGUAGAUGAAGAGAGACUGUGCACAUCUGCUAGCUGCCAGCAGUCACAAUUCAGACUAUGUUCAAAGACUCCAUAGCAAGUGAGCUAAACUGUGCUAGGGCCAGCUCUGUUAGUACUCAGGCAACUGGGGCAAAUAGAAAUGGUCCCUGUACUGUGUUAACUUUAGACAGAGCUCAAGCCUUAUCUGGAAAAGCUCUGGCUGUGCUGAGCUACAGCUCUGCCAUUUAGCAUCAAAGACAAUUGUUUUCCCAGUUUCCCUGUGCCCAGGCUCUGUUUAUUUAGUAACACAGACUUAGGCUGUGCAUCUCUGUUAGGACACUUGAAUUAAGCCCAAAUUCUGGAAGACUUUAAGUCAAGCCACAUGUUUUAGGAAGGUUAGUUGAAUGUUCUCUGAGAAAAGGAUUGACCUAUAAAGGCAAAGUCAGACUUUACUGUAGAGGGAAAUAAAAACCCUUACACAAUCUCUUUCCAUAGUUUUGUUGCUAACUUUUCACCAAUAAAAGCUUUUAUGCAUCUCUGCAGCUUUUCUAGGCAUAAUCACGAGCAGGUUUGGACCUAGAAGGCUGCCAGAUGUCAGAAAUUAAGAAUUUUGGCUAUUCUAAAUAUUACUUGUAACUGUGACAGUUUUUAAACAAACUGCAAGCUCAAAUCCCUUGGCACAAUGUGCCAUGAUUAUUUGAAGACUCAAAAUAUUGGUGAAUCUAUCAGGCACUUCAGAUGCUGUUUGCAAGCAAGUAAAAGACUGCAGUUGACAAACUAUUCCUGUUGCACUCUGCUGGGGUAGGUGAGUGUGAAAGACCAUGACAUCCAUGUCAUUAAAUACUUUCAGGGUUCAUACUUUAUGUUUUCCAACAGCAUUUACCAAAUACUACAUUGAAAAUCUGUUGCAAUGCACCAAACAAAAUAACUUUGCUGACAUUUCAACACUGUUUACUUACACAAGGACAAUACUGUGUUCUAUCUAGACCAAUUUAGCAGUAUGCAUUUCUUGGAUGCUGUCUUGUUAUCUGUGCUUAUUCCUCUGUUUGUAGACUUUAUUUAGCCUGCAACAUGUCCUCCUGUACUGUAACUUUGUGUUGUAUUAUGGUAGCCAAAAGUCUCGUCUAUCAUGGGUGUACCUAAGAAAACUCAUGCUCUGGAGUCAUUUUUGUGACUCUGUUUUUUUGUUAGAUAUAUUUUUUUUUUCCCUGCCAUCUGCUGGCAGCAUUUAGCUGAAAGUUACUAUUCUAAGGAACACUUUCAGAUUGUAGUAUCCCAGUAAAGAAGUAAAUUAAUUCUCUUGAAGGUCAAUGCUACACAUACAUGACAUAAUAAUUCCUUCCCUCCGUAGCUCUAAAAUUAACUAACAAUAUCUCUUUUCUCACUGCUGUGGGAUAGAAGUAGUUAAAAUCCAUCCCAAAUGUGUUUUCAUUUGCUGCAAAGAUUUUUAACAUAGUCUCAGCUUGGCUUUUUUUUCCAAUUAGGUGAAAAUAAAUUUUAACAGGCUGGUCUAAAAUGCACUUCCAGGUUAAUGGACUGAGCAUGAAUCUGCUUUAGUGUUAAUCAAGCACAAUAUGAAGCUCUGGAGGCUUCGUGCAGAAGAAUAGAGGCCAGCAAGAUUUUAAGACUUCCAAGUCCUCGACUUAUAUAGCCAUAUUUAAAUAGCCAUAAAUGGGUUGAAAUCAAUGCCAUUGUUACCACUCAAACCACUCACAGCUGGACUAAGAGAUGCAUAAGAGAGUAAAGGUUUUUAAAGGUCUGUGGAAGACAGAAUGUAUGAUUUGUGUUGGGAUUGCUGGAAGACACCAGUGUUCUGUUGACCUCCUGGUUUUGUUUCAACUUGGUUUGAAAUAUUGCUUUGGUUACUAUGUACAUCAGUUAUAAGACUUGUGCUUUAAUUGGUUUUCUUUUGUUAAUGUUUUUUUCUCUGAGGAAACUUGCUUACAAUUGGAAAGUUGCUGAAAGUCUAAAAAAUGACUUAACACAUUAUCAUUAUUUACAACUCAAUAAAAGAUUUGGAAAGCAGAUUCUACUUGUAUAAGAAAUUGAGAAAGUUUUAUCUUUAUAGAUCAAAGAGAGUAACUGAAGAAUAUGUGGUGCUGAAAUUCUGACCACUUCUUAGGAUUUGCAGCCCAAGAUACUUUUUUUAAUUAAAGGAGAGGAAUAUAUGUCCAUGUGACAGGGAGAGCUGGUUAUGUAGGUGGGAGACAAUGAGCGCUGGAGUCUGAAUACAGGAUGUAUCAGGUGACUAGCAUUUUGAUCUACUCUUCUGUGUCAAGGGCAGUGUUGUCAACAGAAAGGAGUGUUUCAUUUAACAUUUCAUUCUGGAGAGAAGUGUGGUACACACUGACCCCUACCACCCCAGUCAUCUUCACAGAGGAGGUCCUGUCUCUUCUGUUUUCUCAACGCUAGAUGGAUGGUUUUGAAUCCAGUGCGAUCCUCCGAAGCUCUCUUCCAACAAAGUAAGUGUCUUAAUAACUUCUUAAGUUAUAUUGUAACUUAAUAACAAUCACAUCUGUGUUGCCUUAUGUGAAUCAAAGAACAGCAAAUAUCUUCAAGGCUUAAACGCUUUGCUGGAUGAGGGCUGUGUUGCACAGGAAAACUGAGGUGUCUGCUCUCUAAACAGACUCAGAGGCUGUGCUGAAAAGUCCAUGUGCUUUGGGUUAGCCUCUGGGAGAUUGCACCGUCACAGUGAUCCCCAAUUCAUCUUUCUGAAUCACAAAAGACUUCUUUUGAUGGGAAGAGGAGAAUGAAAAAGAAACAUGAUGAUGAGUAUCUAUUUUCCUCUAUAUUUAUUGUUGCUUUGCAUCAUUGCUUUUGCUUUCUGCGUAGUUUUGGUGAGGAUAAAUUAACCUUUUUUUUUUUUUCUUUCUGUAUCAGAAAUGCGAGUCCAGGACUGAUUUAUAUUUGAACUAUGACAGCAGUUGUUUGGGGUUUUUUUGCCUUCCAAACUAAGCAGGAAGAGAUCUUAAUUAAUUUUCAGUGAUAACUUUUAUAGAAAUUAUUAUUCCAUCUUCUGCUCUGUGACAAUCGUAUUCAGAAAUGAUAGCAAAGCACAGAGGAAGAGUCUUAAGGUGCAGUCAUGAUGCUUUCAAACAGAGCUCCUCAGAAAAUGUGUGUGAGGAAAGUGCUGGAAGUUCAAGCAAUUCCUUGCCAAAAUGGAAACAUGUUAAUACUGGUCUUGUACUGUGGGUGGCAGAGCCCACUUAACAAGUAGAUGUGAUAUUUGGAGUUGCCUCACUUAUGUAGCGCUACCAUGAGUUAGAAAAGGUCUGAACUUCGCCCGGAACUCUGAGUGUUAGGAUUGUUGUUCCCUUUAACGUCCACACAGAAUAGCAAAGAUCUCUACCAAAAGCAGUAGUGUUGGAAAACACUGAGACUGGUUUUGGCAGCACCUAAUCUAAAGCUCCUCCAGAGCAGGUUGGCUGUGAUAGAUACCAGGCCUGUAUUUCCAUAGAGGGCAUCUCAGUGGCAGCUGCAGAGGUACUGUGCUCUGUCUUGUUCUUUUUUUCUUUAGGAAAACCAUCUUCUUGUCUGUAUCCAUUUUCCUAUCAGAACAGACCAGUAGGGUGCAAGUGCUCAGGAAUUUCUUUCCUUUAGUUCUUUAUGGAAGCUAUUUAUAGGUGUGAUAAUUUGAGAAGCUGUUGGGAACUAGAAGUAGGCAGAAAAUGACUCCAUGCCAUGCCCUCUGUAUCAGUUUGUGACAGGCUGGUCAUUGCUCUGCCCAUGACACUGCCACACAACAGUAGUGAAUGCAUAAAUUAAGGGCUCUGUGUCACUGAGGUUAAUCAUAAGCUCUGCUAUUUGUGGACAGGGGCAGUGGCAUUUCUAGGGAUCAACUCCUGCUGACCUGUUCUUAAAUACCUGUUUUCAUAAUAUAUAAAGAAAUUGCUGUAAUGUAUCCCACUGAGUGAUUUUUAUAGCCCUAGUACAUUGUGCAUAUUCCAUGUCCAAAAGUUGCAGGUUGAGCCUGCAAGCACAGCAAGUUUCCUUUUAAUUCUGCUCAUAGGUUAGUGCAUUUCUGUUCAUAUUUCACAUAGAGUUUGUGAAGAAGUAAUGGUACUGUACACCACAAAAUCUAGCUUUGGUGAUUUUAUUGCUUUAAAAUCUUGUAAUGAACCGUAACUUAAUGGCGUUGCCACCUGUAGAACCUUUCUUUAGGAGAUGUAGGUUUCUGUGGAGACCCAUUGCCACCACAGUAAAACAGAUGACCAGUCAAAAUGCGCACCUUUGGCACAAGAAGUCCCCAUAGCUCAGCCUGCCAGCCUGCAUUCUCUGCAUUAUUUAUGCCUUUGAGAUAAAUCAAGAUUUCAUUGACCCACUUUCUUUCUGGGGGGCUCUAUGCAGCUCAGUUCCUGCUUACCAGUUCCUUGUGUCCUUACUGCUAGGUAUUUGUGGGGUGUAAAAAUGAGGUGCUUGGGAACAGUAUGAGGUACUUGAAGUGGGAGGGACAGCUUUCAGGCUUCUUUGAACUACCAAAUAUUUAAUGUGCUGGAUCUAUAGGUGUGCUUUAUUCUUUCAAGAAGAUAAAAAUGUAAAAUGUCUUUUUAAGCAGGUUGCAAGGCAUUGUGGAAGUCUUUGCUUUCAAAGUUGACUUUUUUAACCACUGGUAUCUGUGAUGUCUUCUAUUUUCUGACCCCAUUGUGGCUUAUUCUAAUAGCCCACUUAGGGUAAUAAUUAUGCAAACUCCUUUCUAUUAAAAAAAAAAACAGCUUUGCUGGCCUCAAUGAUAAGUGCACCAAUGUUUUCAAAUCUCACUUAGUUGUUGGUCAAUUAAAAAUUAAAAAGAAGAAAAAAUGCCCUUAAAUUGUGGUAAAAGUAAAUGAAAUGUAAGAUUACAUUUGAUAUACCCAAAAGGAAGACAAAGUCCUGCAGUACACCAGUAUCUGUGUCAGUAAAGAUUUGUGAAGUACCUUACCUGAGUCAGUUGACCUUAUUGUGAGAUCCUGCCCUUGAAUCUGUUACUGAAUUAUUUAACAUUUGUUCUUCUGUUUUUUUGAAGCAAGAGUCAAUGCAAGGUAUCAUUUGAAGUCAGCGUGCUGAAGUGUGCGUAUUCUGUGUAUCUAAUCAGUCAUUGUUGUCUCUUGUUACUGUAAUGCAUUUGCAUUACUAGGAAUCAAUUUUAUUACGCUUCUUUAGAGACUAUUGCUGCCUGCACGCUGUGAUAUAUUUGCACUGUUGUAGAUAUAUAUAUAUAUAUACACACACACACAUAUAUAUAACUAUACUGUAUAAACCAUGUCUUUUUUUCAGGUUGCUUGCUGCCUUUGUAGUUGAUGCUUAUCGGUGCAGUGAACCUGAGUAUGAAUGUGGGAUGUGGGGCAUUCUGAUGAUAUAUUACAUUAUUAGAGGAAUAUUUGUAUAUUUCUGUAUACUUAAUACCUGCAAGAAGAGAUUUGUAUGUGCAUUAUUUUCCAAACUAGAGCUUUGUUUUCUGAGACUAGAGAACAUUUAUGAUAAUGUAACAAAAAAAAAAAUCAAAUAAAGUGUUAUUAUUUUCA